CAGAGCUGUGAAAACAGUAAAUAAAACGUCUGCUUUAAUUGAGUCCUUUGUCUCGUUGUUAGUAGAACCUGUAGAAGUUACGCUAUUUUCCUAAAACUGAAAAUGUUUUAGUUACUCAAUACUUAUGUUUGAAUUAUGCUGCGUCUCUGCGUAUGACACUUAUCCAUGCAUGACAAUUAAAAGUGCUUCUCCAUCUUGCAGCAUUCAUUGACGGAACAGGUUAUUUUGGCUAAACGUAUACUUAUCGAAGUGAAAGUGUUGCUCAGCCUACUAAUACGCGUCGCAAUUGGCAUGUGAACAAUGAAUGCUAGGACACAGGUUUUUGAAAUGGCACUUGAAGGAAGGCAAGUGGAAGAAGCUGUUUCAAGUUUGUUUCACACAUUGCUAUUCCAUAGAACUUUGGGAAAGUUUCACUACAAGCAGGAAGGAAAUUAUUGUGUAGGAACAGUUGGAUAUGAAGAUGCUGACUGUGACUUUGUUGACCUAACAUAUGUGCGAUGUAGUUCUGGUGACAUUAAAAAAAUUGUUCAUAAAGAAGCUACGGCAUUUAGCGAAUGUCUACGAUCACAGGAACGAGAAACCCAAGGCCAGGCAAGAUCUGGCCAUAUAUCGUUGACUUUCUACCAGAUAAAAAAGGCCAGGUGGCCAUUCCCAUCAGAAAGUAUUCCUUGGGAAGUGUGGAACCUAAGAAUGGAAAUAAUGACACUUGCUAGUGAAAUUGAACGGCAGCUAUACAGGGAAAAGGUUGGAGAAUUGUUGGCUGAAAAGAUCCUGUACAUAGCUGAAUCGAUGAAUCGUCCGUCUUAUGUGCCCAAGAUGCCCAACCAACCCGAGCUGGAUCUCAUCUUUGACACCAGUUUUGCUGAUAUCCAACCAUAUUUGUUCAAGAUUUCGUACGGAACAUCGCCACCGUCAACAUCGAUGGGUACCACCGUGCGUCGACUACUCAAGGACACCCUCUCUAUUUAGAGCUGUUGCUAUAAAAUUAAUAUUUAGGUUAAAUUUGAUAUAUUGUAAAAAAAACAUACAAAGAUGCACGAGGCCAUAGUUCAAUUUAACAUGUUCCAGCUCACAUUUUCCUGAUCACCCUUUAUAUCUUGGAUAACCCUCGCAACGGAUGUACAUGGGUGUUCACGUUUAUUCCGUGUCGUGGCUUUUGUAUAAAAUUGUGUACCAAGCAGUUUGUAAACAGAGUAGGAAGAAUUAUUCGCUUAUCUUCCUACCUCUGUUUACUAUGCGUUUUCAUGGCUGAAGUCCAAUGUUAGUCAAUACGUGAAACAAAAAGUGUCAUGUCAAGUUUCUAGGUUAACCUGUAGAACCAAAACCUAUGUUUCAAGGUGGAAUAUUCAUUGCUAUAAGAAAAGGGUCAAGUUUUAUUGCUCGAAUUGCAACACCGCUAUUUAAUGGGACAGUAGAACACGAUCGAGAUUUUGAGAGAAAGAAUAUAAACCUUUUAGAGUUUGUGCCUUAUGAAAAUAAAAACUUUAUAAAGCGCAAAACAUGAAAACAAAUCGAAAAAAGGAUGAAUUAAAAUACUGAAACGGUUCAAGCAGGGUAUUAGACUAGAAAAAAAAAACGGAGUUGGUGUUUAAAGCCAUAAGAAGAAUCAGACAUGGACUGAAGAACGAGCAAGUAGCAGAAAAAUGUAAGCCCCCCAGAAGUUAAGUAUGUUUGCAUGCCAGAAGUGUUACUAUAUAAAACACAGAAAUCAUAAUUCCGUAAGUUCAUAUUUAGAUAGAGCUUUAAAAUGUGAAUACCAGGAUUUUUGAGUGGAAGGAAUAAACCUGUCAAGAGAA